CAAUACGGCCCUAGAAAGCUAUACGCCUAUAAGGUUGCUCCUGUUGGCACAGUCAACACAGGCCGGGCGGGCCACGAGAGUAGGCUUGGUAGCGAGAGCUUUCUCACAAUUUCGCCUGUUCUUAUCAGUCACGCCAAGUCUGUUUGUUUUCCUGUGUUCAGGGUACGACCGUAGCGUACGACCGUAGCGUACGACCGUAGCGUAGAGUAAAGGCUACUAUCUUCGGUACAAGUAUAAAAGGGCUUUCUAUUGGCCUCUCUCACCCGAGACACAAACUUGGGACUUCAUGUUUUUAGCUGUUGCCUACCAGGUGUAUUAAAAUUUAGGCCUGUAGUCUAAUACUGUUAUUAUUAUUGUAUUAUUACUAGACCUAUUCGUGGAGCAUGGAAAGGAUUUACUUGUCAAUUACAGCGUGAUUGCGAGCAGUAGCAGAUGGCCUUGUGUGUGAGAUCUCAGGGAUGGCUGUUGCAAGACUGAGGGGGAUUUUACGAACAAAUCUGUCCGCUGCAGUGUAGUUGUAGUGAAUAUUUCAAGACUGGAGAACUUAACAAACAGACCCCUCAACUGUAGUGAAUAUAUUGCUAGACUGGAGAACUUAACAGACAAAUCUGUCGUCAGCUGUAGUGAAUAUAAUAUUGCUGGACCAGGGUUGUUACAGUCACAGAGGUAGACCUCUCAUGUCCAGUGAUCGUUGCUACAUACUACACAGAUUAUAUAUAGAUGCGUCAAGUGUGGUGUAUUCUUCUAGACUGGAGAACUUAACAGACACAUCUGUCAGCUGUAGUGAAUGCAUUGCUAGGCCAGCGUUGGUACAGUCAAGGAGGUAGAUCCGACAUCUCCAGUGAGUGUUGCUGUUGCUGCACAGAUAUGUGAAUGAGUCAAGUCUGGUGUAUGUUUCUAGACUGGCGAACUAACAGACAUAGUAUACGUCAGAUCCAGUGGAUGUUGCUAAAUCAGUGUAGUUAGAGAGGUAGAUCUGUCAUCUCUAAUGCCAUCUGUGGUGAAUAUUGCUAGACUGAGAUAAACGUGAUAACUGUCAUAGAAUUUUUUUUAGACAGAUGUGAAUUUGUAGUCAUGUUUGCUAGACAAAGAUAGAUGACAGUCGACAACAGUGGAUGUUGCUAGAUUGGUGUAGUUUCCGAGGCACGUGUAGAUGUGGAAACUGUUGUGGAAUUUGCUAGACAAAGGUAGAUGACAGUCGACUACAGUGGAUGUUGCUAGACUGGCGGGUGCCAGAGUUAGAUCUGUCAGCCCCAGAGCAAUGCUAGACUGGUGAAGUUUCUGAGACGUUUCUACAGUGCCACAGGACGAGGGAGAAAAAACAACCAUGGAUUUGUCAGUGGAGCACAUCAGAGGCGUGAAAGGCAUCCUUUGUGGGACUUCCAUCAGGAAAGUCGCGACAUUCCUGGCAGUUUUCUGCAGCGUCGGUCUUUUCCUCAACUACGUUGGGAACAAUUACUACUUCAUGAACGUUCGCCUGGACGACAUGAAGUAUCUACCCACUGUGGGGAGUAACAUUCCAGCAAACACAAAUCCGGUUGUCGGAAGAAUCGUUGUCAACACAAAGGCUACAGUGCUCCAACAGCUAAAGAAGAAUCACACGAAUGCGACUGCGCCAAAAGUUAAAAAACCGUACGAGAAGUAUCUACUCUCUGUUUACCCCGGAAGCCAAAAGUGUCUUCCGCCUCCGGAAGGAAAUCCGGAUCUUCCAAAACGCAUAAUCUCUGACCCAACUUUCACUUGCAAAGAUGGCGUCGUGAACAAUAUAACCGAAGCCGAAAAAGCCACCAAGCAAAGACAACAGACAUUUAUAUCGUGCGGCGCUGAUGGCUCUACAUCGACCUCGGAAGUGCGGUGGGUUCCGUUCAAUGAGACACUUCAGACGUUCAGAAGUGAUGCCGAGAGAGCGUGUCUUCGCCUCUACGUGCAACAACAUUGCUACGACUGGCGGCCUGUGCCAGAUGUGAUACAUCUCUUGUGGUACGGGAGCACCGAUCUAGACUUCAAGACUGUCAUAGGGCUCUACAGUAUCUUCACCAUAGCGAGGCCCCGCCUGGUGAUCCUCCACGGAAACGCUGUACCCGUUGACCCCAUGUGGGACGCCAUCUUGCCCGUGGCCACUAACCUGGUGCACGUGCACAAAGAGCCGCAGACGUCUGUCAACGGGAAGAAGAUCAAGAACGUACAGAACCAGGCCGACAUUGGGCGGAUAGAGAUCUUGAUUG